AUGUUUGGAACCUUUGAAGCGGAACGGAAAGACGAUCCACCUAUAUAUGGUCUAGUGCAUAACGAAAACACUUUCGAUCAGAUCUACUUACAGAUCAAAGCUGCGCUCUACCCGCCUGGAUGGUUCCCAGGAGUUCCUGUGCAGCCGUUUUUUCAUUGGAUGAGCCUUGUCGACACCGCUUAUGGAGUUCCAGAGCCCGAGAAACCCGUAGUGAAGUACAACCCGCCGUUGGAGGUAUGGGUAAAACUCUAUUUGGUCGGACACUUCACGUUACUUUUGGCGAUAUUCUUGCAUUUCGAAUAUGACCGAGCAUCCAUGAGCUAUAUCGACUUUACGCUGAAGAUCGCUUUCUUCCUAGUCACAAUGCAGACUUUUGGGGCUUUCUUUGAUAGAAGGCCGUAUGCACCGUCUUUGGAGAUUUCUCGAUGUGUAGGAGUGCUGGCCUUUUUCGGUUUCUUAAUUCUGGAUAAAAUCGGCGCCGGACCACAUAGAAUGUUCUUGAUGACAGUUUUCGGCAUGUCCGCGCUACUGUGGAUUGGAUACUGCAUUCAAAACGAAGUC